AUGACCGGCACUCCUCACAAUUACCCUCCAAUUUUUCCUCAAUCUUCUCCGACCAUUUGCAAAAUCUGCAGUUAUCCAGCCCAUGGAAAACAUUUCGGCGUUAUGACGUGCCGCGCAUGUGCAGUAUUUUUUCGCCGAGUUGUCAAACUGAAUUUGGUCUACCAAUGUCUUAAAAAUAAGACAAAAUGCAGUCUAAACAUGAUUCGAAGGAAUUCAUGCCGUUAUUGUCGAUUUCAGAAGUGCCUGAAAAUGGGAAUGACUUUGGAUGCAGUUGAUAAAAAUGUGGAUGACAAAGAGUUGGAUGAAAUGGAGAAUGAUGAAUUAGAGCCAAAAAAGAGUUCAUUCAAACUCAGCGAUGAUCAGUUGAGAACUGAGUAUCAAUUCUACCAACGUUCAAUCCUGUCCCCUGAGAAUUCCAGUUCUAUCCAUAUGGAAAUUUACAAAAUAUUCAAAUUCGAACUUCCGAAAAUGGAAGCACAUCGCUUGGCUGGUCUCGGACCAAUCGCCAAAUUCAAAGAAGGCCUUCGGUUGAUUCGAUCGUCUCAAAAAACCAAUAAUCUCAAAAUCGAUAAUCGAUUUUCUAGAUCGAAAUUGAUUUUUCACUGGAAAAGACAAGCAAGGACAAUGGCUUAUUUGCUUAUUCACUCUUUUGAAUUUCGAUAUUUAGAGCUGGAUCAGCAGAUGAAAAGGUUCAGAAUUUGCUGGAAAAGUGUGUAUCGACUAGAACGGAUUCUGGCAACAGUUGAGAUUUUCGGAAAGUCGUGUAUUACGGAAAAGUUUGUUGUGCUCUCAAACGAGAUUGGAAUUCGAAUAAAUGAUUUGGAUAUUGAAGGAGUUGGAGGGAAUUCGAGAGCUAUUCGAAACUUUCAAAAAUAUGCUCAAAGACUCCUCAGAGAUGUGGCUGGACCGUUGAUCGAAUUGAAGUUGUCCAUGGAGGAGCAAUCGUUUUUAAUGAUGAAUUUUCUUUUGUUUCUUGGCAAGGUACAACUCUCCCGCAUACGGUUCCCACACAUUUCUGAAACAUAUAAAAGAGAGACUCGCGGCGAACAGAAUGGUUGUUUCAGUUUGUUCCUCCUUUGGGAUCUUUUCAUUUUUCUUUUGUAUACUUUUCCCUCUCAAGACGUUCCCGACGAAGACUCAAUUGAAAACCAAGAGGAAUUUCUGGAAAUCUUGACAGAUGAUCUACACGAGUAUUAUAUGGAGCAUGGAAUUACAAAUUAUGCUCUGAGGAUUUUGAAAAUUACAAAAAUCGUCUGGGCCAUGAAACGAGUACAUGAGGAUAAUAUGUGCGGAGAAUUCACAAAAUAA